AUGAGGGAACUGCAUCGUGUUGGCAUGGUGGCGACAAUGGCCGAAUUUACGCAGUCUCUCUUGCGCAUCAGAACCAGCAGCCCUGAUGUUAGCACUGACGCUAGAGAGGUUCAUUUCUCAAUCAACGAACGCGAAUCGCCUCACAAUGUCAGCAGCGUAACAGCGGGUGAGAAGUCGCAGGCUAGACACGGCAUACAUUGCCGCAGCAGCAAUAGCAUCUGCAGCAACAACAACUGCUACAAGAGAACCAACCCCUUUGAAGUGCCCUCAGAACAGCUCAGUCAACGACUCUGUUCACCAUCAAUGUUUCGUUCCAGAAGCCCUGAACAGCCGUCAUCAUCACGCUCGUUCAAAUGGUCAAUCGAACAGAUGGCCGAGCUUUUCCCGGUUAACAUUGACGAAGAAGAGCUAAGUUCUGUCCAGCCAGAAGAAAGCUACGACCCGUUUGAGGAGCAGUUGCAGCAGGCCAUCGACCUGUUCUUCUCUUCCCAGCAAAUCGUUCCGUCACCAUCGGAGCCUUUAUUGCGGGUGUGGAGUGCAACUCAAGCGGUCGUUGGUGAAAACAGUGGCAUGCAAACGGGACGAGAGCUUCACACAGCCACAGUGUGGAGCCGAAGGACACCUUCAGAGCUCCCAGAGGUUGACCUUUGUGCAGUUUUGAGGGACACGGCUGAAAACAGACAAACAGACCGCGAAGAGAUCACUAGCCGCAGAUCCGUUAAGCGUAGGCUGUUCUCUAACGCUUUUGAAGAAGAAAUAAACAACGAGAGUUGGAGCUGUCAGCCACUAAGCCCAACGACCGACGACUCCAUGGAAGGGCCCUCUUCCACGAUGCCUCUUCACAUGGUCCUGCAGUCGACUCCUAUCAGGGAUGGCGGUUUCAUGCGCAGUAGUUGGAAUCGGCCUUCUGAUCUAGAAGAUAGAAUCACACGGCUGUCCCCCAUAUGCGCCAUACGUGGUUCAAGGUCACUGCAUGCGGUGACACCAUCGGACCACUAA